CAUCAGCCUCGCGGAUCCGGGCAUAACAACAAUUUGCGUCCUCGCGCAUAUCUUUACUUCUUUCUCGGCGUGUCUUCUGAAGGUCGAUACCCAGCUGCUAUGUUUACCACAUAGCGAUAGAGAUACCGGAGCCCACAGCAGCGCUCCACGAAGACGGCGGAAGCGCAACAACUGUACCCUGCAGAGCAUUGUUUGGCCCUCUGUGUUAUAUCCAGCUUCCACCGUCAUUGCCCACACUGCUGAACUUCGUCGGAAACUCAGAGAAGCAUGUCGGAGCUUCACAAGGCGCUAGAGUGCCUCCGACCCAAGGACUAUAGCGAGGUCCCUACCGACGAGCUCCACACGUUUCUCUCGGACGUCUUCUCUCAAGCCGAACUCAUUGCCAAUUCUGUCCCUCCUCCGCCCAAUGGCACGCCCUACGAGUCCUCGCGCCGCUCCCGCUCCGACGCGAAUGGGGCGACCUCAGCCGCAGACCUCACAAUUUCAGACGCGCGGAGACCGUCGCCGGCGAAGGAGCAUGUAGGGCUACAGAAGGCAUGGGGGAAACCACUGAAGCUGGGCGCAAAGGAUGCCGCCACAGGCAUCAGCGUGUUCAAGAUGGCAGGCCAUGAUAGGCAUGGAGCGUGGUUCGCUCGGACGAGCGUGCAUGAGGGUUUGGGGUUUGCUAAAUGGAAGAGGGCUAUGAAGAGGGAGUUUCCAGAGAGUUUAGAGGUGCAGGGUGGCCCGGGAGAGGGCAACGUGCGGGGCAUUGGGGGUGAUAAAAGGUUAGAGGACAUCGAGGUUGAAGGGGUGGGCAAGCUAGAGGUUUACCAGCUUUCCGCCCAAUUCCCUGGACCGACUUCGCCUCGAGAGUUCAUAACCCUCCUCCUCACGUCCGCCAAUUGCCUGAGCGACGCCUCAAAGGUCGGCAAUAUCGUACCGCGCCAUUUUAUGGUCGUCUCAAUACCCGUGUCACACCCGGAUGCGCCGCCACGAAAUGGGCUCAUACGAGGGCAGUACGAGUCUGUUGAGAUGAUUCGAGAAAUUCCGCUGUCACCGUCGUCCAAAUCCGCUUCAGCUUCCACUCCUGAUCUCCUCAACCACGAGCGAAUGAAGUCAAGAGAAAGGGGUGGCACAAUAGGCUUCGCGGAAUCCCGGGGUCCGGAAGCUAAGGGAGAGAAGAUUGACAGAGGAGACGACGAUGAGGAUGAUCCAGAGGCAAAUCCGGUGGAGUGGAUAAUGAUAACGCGGAGUGACCCUGGAGGCGGUAUCCCUCGGUUCAUGGUCGAGCGAAGUACUCCAUCGAGUAUUGUGCAAGACGCGCAAAAAUUCCUCGAUUGGGCUUGUACCAAGGAAGACGAAGAGGAACCAAUCGUGGAGGACAGAGGCAGGAAGAGCGUUGAAAGUGACCACCGCUUCUCAGUAUUUGAAUCAAACGGCAUUCUCGCUGGUGUGGGAACUAGCAUUGCCGACAAACCCGACCUAGCCACCUUCCGACGGCCAUCACAACGGACAACCGACAAAGGGGAUGGACAGUCCGGCAUCAUCAAAUCAAUGGCAGAUACCCUAGAGUCCUACGUUCCAGAUUCCCUCAACCCUCUCCGCCGGUCAGAAUCGCAGAGCUCGGUCUCGACGUCAUCAUCCAUCGACUCUUUUGCAUCAGCAGAGCAAUACAAUACAGCGACCGAAGGCCUCCCGAGGACGGAUGGCUCAAUACCCACUCCCUCUACUCAAUCCGAACAGUCCCUCGCCCUCGGGCCGUCCGGUUCAACCCACCAUCACCAUACGAGCCGCGAGCUUGAAAAGAUAGAGCAGAAACGCGAUCAGCUUAAGGAGAAGCUCGACCAAGCCCGCACGAAACAGAGCCAGGAGACACAGAGUGCGAGCACUAAAUCAGCCAAAGAACUCGAGAAAGCAACCGAGAAGCACAACCGCGACCGGAAGAAACAAGAGGACAAAUUCACAAAGGAAAUCCAAAAGCUUGAAGCCCGCCGUGAGCGCGAGACUAAGAAACUCCUCGCACGCCAGCAGAAGGAGGCUGAUAAGAACAACCUCCUAAAGACGCAGCGCGAAAGGGAUGAGUGGAAAGAGAGAGCGGAGCUCGCGGAGCAGGAGAACAAGCUGCUUAAGGAGCAGAUUGGCGAACUGCAACGGGAGAACACCGCGCUCGUGGCAAGGAUGGGGAAGACGGAUAUGGGGCGGGAGUUGCUAAAGAAUGUUAGGGAGGAGAUGAUGGAGGGGAAGGGCAGGAAGAGGAGUAGUAGCCGCGCUAGCGCAGGCAGUGGGACUAGUAGGGCGAGUAAGGCGAGUGGGAAGAAGAGUGAGAAUGUGCAUGAGGGGAGUGGGUUGGCGAAUGUGGAGACUGGGAGCUGAAGCGUGGGUGUGGCUUCUUGACAGUGUGCAUUUCCUAGGACAUUAUUACUUGGAUUCGGACGGGUUAUUACCAGCAAUGAGGUCUGGUCUGAGUUAUGGCGGAAUACGGCUUUCAUAGCGGCAUACAUACCUGGGACUAGCGGUCCUUCUUCUCUGAACUUCCAAAAAAAACAGUGUACAUAUGCUAGCCUUCCGAG